UUUCAAGCGUGCCGUAGGGUAAGGGGUUUGCUACACCAAAUCCAAACGCAGCGAACUCGAUACUAAUCCUAGAGAGAGAAACAUCAACCUAGCACGCUACGGUCACUUCUCGCUCCUAAACAGAAUUUUAUUGCUGGUUACCUUCCUAUGGCUGCCACAGCAACUGCGUCUUCGGUGGGUCCCCGAUAUGCUCCCGCGGACCCAACACUCCCUAAACCAUGGCGGGGUCUUGUGGAUGGCAAGACUGGGUAUCUUUACUUUUGGAAUCCGGAGACUAAUGUCACCCAGUAUGAGAGGCCUUCGAGCUCAGCUGCCCCGCCAAAGUCAUCUUCAGUGCCUAGUUCUUCUGUCCAUGUUCAACAAUCAUCUCAAGGGCAGCAACGUGGUCGCAGUCCUGAUUUGAAUGAUAGGUAUGAUAGAAAUGGCAUUGGUGGGUCAAAUGAAGCUGGAUCACGGAACCAUCAGAGUUCUAAAGGUGGAAGUAGUAGUUCUCAUAAUGUUCCAAAUGACAUGCAUUUUGCUGGAAAUGUUAGUUCUUCUAUCAGAGGUAAUGGGUCAUCAGAUGCAGGAGUAUCUCCAGAGUCUUAUCGACGUCGGCAUGAAAUAAGUGUUUCUGGAGAUAAUGUGCCUCCACCUCUUACAUCAUUUGGGUCUACUGGCCUUCCAUCUGAGAUUCUUAAAGAGGUACAAAAUGCUGGGUUCUCAGCCCCAACUCCUAUUCAGGCACAGUCAUGGCCCAUUGCUCUUCAAAGUAAAGAUAUAGUUGCCAUUGCUAAAACAGGUUCAGGGAAAACCUUGGGGUAUUUAAUCCCAGCUUUUAUUCACCUCAAGCGCUGUGGUAAUAACUCCAAAUUGGGCCCCAGUGUAUUGGUACUUUCACCAACAAGGGAGUUGGCAACACAGAUACAAGAUGAAGCUGUGAAGUUUGGGAAAUCAUCGAGAAUUUCUUGUGUGUGUUUAUAUGGAGGAGCACCAAAGGGUCCUCAAUUGAGAGACAUUGACCGUGGAGCAGAUAUUGUGGUAGCCACCCCUGGUCGCUUGAAUGAUAUUCUUGAGAUGAGGAGAAUAAGUCUUCAUCAGAUCUCUUACCUUGUGCUUGACGAGGCUGACAGGAUGCUAGACAUGGGUUUUGAACCUCAAAUUAGGAAGAUUGUGAAUGAGGUGCCUACUCGCAGGCAAACUCUCAUGUUUACUGCAACAUGGCCUAAGGAGGUUAGGAAAAUUGCAGCUGAUCUGCUGAUCAAUCCUGUCCAGGUGAACAUUGGCAAUGUAGAUGAACUUGUUGCUAACAAGUCCAUUACGCAGCAUGUGGAAAUAUUAGCAUCAAUGGAGAAACACAAACGUCUAGAACAUAUUUUGCGGUCACAAGAUCAAGGAUCAAAGAUAAUUAUUUUUUGUUCUACCAAGAAAAUGUGUGAUCAACUUGCCCGGAAUCUUACACGCCAAUUUGGAGCUGCUGCUAUUCAUGGGGAUAAAUCCCAGGCUGAGAGGGAUCACGUGUUGAACCAGUUUCGAACUGGGAGGUCUCCUGUGCUUGUAGCCACAGAUGUUGCAGCCCGAGGACUGGACAUCAAAGACAUUAGGGUGGUUGUCAACUAUGACUUCCCUACAGGAGUGGAAGAUUAUGUUCACAGGAUUGGAAGGACUGGGAGGGCUGGAGCCACUGGUUUAGCUUAUACUUUCUUUGGGGACCAGGAUGCUAAAUAUGCUUCAGAUCUCAUCAAAGUCUUGGAAGGUGCAAACCAGCGGGUCCCUCCAGAACUUCGUGAAAUGUCAUUGCGGGGUGGUGGGAUGAGCAGACCCAGAAGAUGGGGUUCUGGUGGCCGUGGGGGACGUGGUGACUCUGGAUUUGGUGGAAGGGGUAGUGAUGCAGGAUAUGGUGGAAGAGGUAGUGAUUCAAAUUAUGGUGGAAGGGGUGGGCGGGGGACUGCUGCUUCUGGCAGAGGUGGAGACCGUGGGUUUGACUAUGACUCUCAGAGGAAUGAUCGUGGUCGAAGCCCUGACAGGGGAUCUAGUUGGAGUGAUCGCUACAAAAACAUUAACCGUGAUCGCAGUCGUAGUCCUGACAGGGCUGCACCGCCACAGAAUUCCCAAGUCAGCUUUCACAAAGCAAUGAUGGAACGCAUUGGACGGGAUAGUGAUCGCAACAAGAACAUUAAUAGGGACCGAAGCCGCAGUCCUAGCCCUUACAGACAGGAGAGGGCCCCAGCAGUUCGUGAACGUUCCCCAGUUUACAGUUUUCAUCGAACAAUGAUGGUACAAGGUCAGUCAUCCCCUUCAACUCAACGGCAGCCUCACCUAAGCUCACCAUCCUCUCCCGGUGGUGGUCGGUCUAACAAUAGUCCUAAGAAAGAGCAGGCAGGAUCUUUGGGUGAUGGAAGGAAUGGUGGAUCUCAUUCUUUCUACAAUGGAGAAGAGGAGGAAGGGAUGAUUCCUGAUGAAGAAGGAAUGAUAGGUCAGGAUGAUGGCUUAUAUCAAAGUGUGGAUUAGAAUUUUGGUUAGUUCCUGCCGACCACCCAAGGUUUAUAUAUGUUAAAGGUUGUUUUGGUAUACUUUAGCUAGUGGAAGGGCAUCGUUGCUUGAACAUGGGCGACUUAGGAUCUGGUAGUGGAAUUCGGUAGUGGAAUUCAUGGCAAAUGUAUGUAAUAUCUCGAGGGGCUGAGUAGAAGCCUGGAAAUGGCAUAGAUGAAGAACCUAGGAACUAAUAUUGUGGGUUUUUUUUUGUUAUUUUGGUAAACGUCAAGAGGUAAUAUUGAGCUAGGUUCACAGUUCCCCCACAAUCAGAACAGAAGUUAUUCUGCCGCUAAAAAUGUCUUAUUCCUUGUUCUUAUAUUAAAUAGCAUUAUUUGUUCUGGGGAAAGUAGGCAUCGAACAUACAUGACACGUUCGAUUCAUUGAGUGAGAACCUGCCUCUUUAGGCUGCCGUUCUAGUAGAACGUAGCUGUUUUUGUGUUUGUAAUCUGUGGUGAACUGGUGUUGAACUUUUUCUUGUUUCAUUAAAUCCAUUACUAAUUCG